GUCGACCAUCCUCCGCCGUCUGCCGGUGGUUGCACUUGCUUCCAUGGUUCUCCGGCGGCGCGUUCUGCCAUUCGGAUUAGGCCGCCACGCCUACCCCCAACGCUCCGCUCGUCCCAGACAGGCGGUCCCCGUCAGCAUCGUCUUCCCCACCUGUCACCCUCCGCCUCCAAUCACAAGCCGUCUCCGCUCUCGCCCGUUUCGUGUUGGCGUACACGCGGAGUCGCGAUUCGCCCGCCCUAUAAGACACUCUGCCCCUUUCCCCGGCCCCGAGCAGCGCCUCUGCCCUCUAUCCCUUCCACCCACCUCCGGCCCCCUUUGCGCGCGGCGUGUGCGUGCGUUCGUGUUGCGCGGGCGGGCGGGCGGCUAGUUAAAUGGGCGACCUGGCAGGCGGAGACUGCCGGGAGGCGGCGGCGCCCGAGGAGGAGGCGGCAGCGCCGGCGCCGGCGGUAGGCGGGGCCGACCACCUGGUGAUCAUGGUCCACGGGAUCAUCGGGAGCACAGCCGAUUGGAAAUAUGGAGCCGAGCAAUUCCAUAAGUUGCUAGAAGGCAGAGUCAUAGUUCAUUGUAGUAACAGCAACAUGCACAAGCUAACUUUAGAUGGCAUUGAUGUGAUGGGUGAACGGUUGGCACAAGAGGUUAUCGAAGAAAUCAACAAAAGACCACAGAUAACAAAGAUAUCUUUUGUUGCGCAUUCCGUUGGAGGAUUGGUUGCAAGAUAUGCCAUCGGAAGACUUUAUAGGCCUCCUGGACAAUCACUUGAAAAUUCUCCUCAAAGUUUGAGAGACAGCAACAGAGGCAAUAUACAUGGGCUUGAUGCAGUCAACUUCAUAACUGUUGCAUCACCACAUCUUGGUUCUAGAGGAAACAAACAGGUUCCUUUCCUUUUUGGAGUUACUGCGAUAGAAAAGUUUGCGUGCUGCAUCAUUCACUUCAUAUUCAGAAGAACCGGCAAGCACCUAUUUCUUACUGAUAAUGAUGAUGGAAAGCCUCCGUUGUUGCAACUUAUGGUGGAUGAUUGUGAGGACCUACGGUUCAUAUCUGCUUUGCAAGCAUUUCAGCGAAGAGUUGCAUACUCCAAUGUUGGUUACGACCACAUUGUUGGAUGGAGGACAUCAUCAAUCAGGGGGGCCUCCGAACUACCCAAGUGGGUUGAUUCGACAAGCAAGAUUUACCCACAUAUUGUAUACGAGGAACUAUCCAAAGCAGAAACUCUUGAUCAAUGUGCUGAUGUUGCUGAUAUUGACAAGGAUAACUGCACUCUAGAAGGGAGGAGCUUAUUGGGACUUAUCCUGGGCCGGACCUACCCCGCGUCGCUCCAGGCUCGUUCCCCGCACGCCGCCUGCCUCUCGGUCCAAUCGCCGCCGCCGCCCCGCCUCUCGCCCCGUCGCCGCCCGUCGCCGCCCCGCCUCUCGCCACGUCGCCGCCCCGCCUCUCGCCCCGUCGCCGCCCCGCCUCUCGCCCCAUCGCCGCCCCGUCGCUCGCCCCGUCGUCGCCCCGUCGCCGCCCCGCCUCGGUUCGCCGCCCCGUCGCCGCCCCACCUCGGUUCGUUCUGCCUCGGUUUGUUGCAGCGGUGCCUCCAAUCGCCGGACAGGCCCUCUCCUGUCGCCGCCCCGCCUCUCGCCCCGUCGCCGCCCGCCUCUCGCCCCGUCGUCGCCCCGUCGCCGCCCCGCCUCGGUUCGUUCUGCCUCGGUUCGUUGCAGCGGUGCCUCCAAUCGCCGGACAGGCCCUCUCCUGAGCCUCGUUGCAGCGGUGCAACAUGGACUUAUAAGUCCCUGUAAACAAACAGGUAGGGACUCGGGACUUAUAAGUCCCUGUAAACAAACAGAUAGGGACUUAUGACUUAUAAGUUGGGACUUAAAAAAGUCCUAGGACUUAUGAAACAAACAGGGCCUUAGUUGUGAUUUGGACUUUUCUAGCUGUGUUAUUUGAAUUAUUAUUUGUUUGUGUGUACUAGAUUGGAAUUGACGAUGCUGCAUUUUCGUGUUGAUAUGCAAUAUUGAGAAUAAGCGUCCCAGCUCCUGUUGGUUUCGAACACGACAUAACUAAGCGGAAAAGGACAAACAUUAGUAUUGACAGCAUACUUAUCCCAUUUUUGUUUCUUCUAGCAUAAUUUGAGUUUAAAGUUGUAACUUAAAGGAUGCUACGACAUUGCAUGGACUAUAUGUAAAAAGAAAAAAUAAAUCAUGUUGAUUUGGUGCUCUAACUGAACCUGGGUUUUACACUUAUCUCCAAGGGAGGGCUGAGGUAUGCUGCCUUCAGUUUUACACUUUCUUCGCUUGAUCCAGAAAACUAAAGCAAACUAUUGCUUCUCAGUCAGGGCAUGGGAACAUCCGGACAUGACACCAAUUGUCAUGCUGUGGUUGUUUAACGUGCCGUGCCAUGUUGCAUAGAAUCCCUGAUUACACCCCAUGUUUCCUGGGGUGCGUAUGACUCUAGAAUGUUUAGGUGUAACAUGAUGUCGGCAGAUACGGUCAGAAAUGAGAGCAUGUUCAAGGACAGUUAUCAGACUAAUCCAGAUAAAUCAUUGCUCCUACCUCCCUGUUCACUGCCAUGACUUCUGGUUGUGAUGUUCCGUGUUGGGUCUUGUGGUUGUGCUGUCAUCUUUUUCUAUGCUUCUUUUUUCUAUUGGGAGAAAUCUUUUUCUGUGUAAACAAAUGACUUUUCUAUGUA